ACCAGACCAUUUUACUGGUAGGUUAAACUCCGAAAGGAAAAUACCAUCGUCUUCCCACUCUCCUUCACUUCGAUGCCAUCAAUGGCGUAACCUCCUCUCUCUCUCCAUGGCCAAGCUUCACCCUUCAAGCCGGACAGUCCUUGAACUGCUCGCCGAUUUCGAACCCGCGAAGCCGGUUCGUAUCCGAUCUAUCGCCACCUUCACUUCCUCCGAUUCUGAAACCCUAGUUUACAUCGGAACCCAGUCCGGUUCCCUAAUCCUCUUCUCUCUCAACUCCAAUUUCCCCUCACUUUCACACAGUUCAAACGCCUCAACGGCCAACGCUGCCAAAAAUGUUCCCUCUCAUUUGCGGAGCGUUUCGGUGUGUGAUUCACCGGUGGAUUCUAUUCACGUUGUGGCCGACAUCGGGAGGGUUCUGGUGCUUUCUGAUGCGUUCAUGUUCUUGAUGGAUUCGCUUUUGAUUCAGCCAGUGAAGAGGCUGAGUUUUCUCAAGGGGGUGACCGUGAUUUCCCGGAGGUUGCGGACCGGCGACGCUGAAAGUUUGGAUUUUUCGGAGAACGUUUCGGGUUUGGUGGAGUCUUCGAGCGCGAGUCAGCGGUUUCUGAUGAAAUUGGGUAGUGGGAUUAGGGCCAACGGUGCGAAAGCUCGGGAAUCUGAGCACUUGCGGGACGGAAAUCGCGUGUUUGCCAUAGCUGCUGCUAAGAAAUUGGUAUUGGUAGAGCUUCUUUUGGUCAAUAGAUUAGGUAGGAGUGAUAGGGAGAUUGAUAGUGCUGGUGGGGGUGCGUCUUUUGUGAUUUUGAAGGAAAUUCAGGGUGUUGAUGGGGUCAAGACCAUGGUUUGGAUUGAUGAUUCGAUAAUUAUAGGUACUUCUAGUGGUUACAGUUUGAUUUCAUGUGUUUCGGGGCAGUGCAGUGUUCUAUUCUCGCUUCCGGAUCCAACUAGUAUGCCUCACCUUAAAUUGUUGAGGAAAGAGCAUAAGGUGCUUCUGUUGGUUGACAAUGUGGGAAUAAUUGUUAAUGCUUAUGGGCAACCAGUUGGUGGGAGCUUGGUGUUUCGCCAUUUUCCGGAUUCUGUGGGGGAGAUAUCUUCAUAUGUAGUAGUUGCUGGUGAUGGGAAGAUGGAAUUGUAUCACAAGAAGUCGGGUGUUUGUAUUCAAAUGGCUUCAGUAGCUGCAGAAGGAUCUGGUAUGUCUGUUGUUGCGGAUGCAGAAGAUGCAAGUGGGAAUCUUGUUGUAGUUGCAACUCCAUCCAAGGUUAUUUGCUACCGUAAAGUGCCUUCAGAAGAACAAAUUAAAGACCUUUUGAGAAAGAAGAACUUCAAGGAAGCCAUCACCUUAGUGGAGGAGCUUGAAUCUGAUGGCGAAAUGACGAAGGAGAUGCUUUCAUUUGUUCAUGCUCAAGUGGGGUUCCUCUUGCUCUUUGAUUUGCAUUUUGAGGAAGCAGUGGAUCACUUUUUGCAGUCAGAAACAAUGCAGCCUUCUGAAAUAUUUCCAUUCAUAAUGCGAGACCCAAACCGCUGGUCUCUUUUGGUUCCCCGGAAUCGGUAUUGGGGUUUGCAUCCUCCCCCUGCACCUCUUGAAGACGUUGUGGAUGAUGGAUUGAAGGCUAUCCAAAGAGCUAUUUUUCUUAGAAAAGCAGGUGUAGAAACCCCAGUAGAUGAUGAUUUUCUUUUGAAUCCACCAAGUAGAGCUGAUCUAUUGGAAUCAGCUAUCAAAAACAUUAUCAGGUAUCUACAGGUUUCACGCAGGAGGGACUUGACUUUGUCAGUGAGGGAAGGAGUUGAUACACUUUUGAUGUACCUCUAUAGAGCCCUAAAUAGUGUGGAUGACAUGGAGAAGUUGGCAUCUUCUGAAAACAGUUGUAUUGUGGAGGAGUUAGAAACUUUAUUGGAUGAAUCUGGACAUUUGCGGACACUUGCCUUCCUGUAUGCAAGUAAAGGAAUGAGCUCAAAGGCUCUUGCUAUUUGGCGUAUUCUAGCCAGAAAUUAUUCAUCUGGCCUCUGGAAAGAUCCUGCAGUGGAGAGUGAGCUUCUGGAUACAAAUGCAAGUACUCUCUCUGGCAAGGAGGCUGUUGCAAUUGAGGCCACAAAGAUCCUUGAACAGUCAUCUGAUCAAGAUUUGGUCCUGCAACAUCUUGGAUGGAUUGCGGAUGUCUGCCAGGUACUCGCAGUUCGAGUUUUAACAUCAGAGAGAAGAGCUGAUCAACUUUCACCUGAUGAAGUAAUUGCUGCAAUUGAUCCAAAAAAGGUUGAAAUUCUUCAGAGGUAUCUCCAGUGGUUGAUUGAUGAUCAAGAUUCUAAUGACACACAGUUCCAUACGUUAUAUGCUCUCUCACUUGCCAAAUCAGCUAUUGAAGCUUUCGAAACAGAAAACAGCCUUCAGAACCCUGAUCCUGGAAGAUUAGAGGAGACGUGUUCUGCUGGUUCUGAAAGGAAUUCAAUUUUUCAGAGUCCUGUCAGAGAAAGAUUGCAGAUCUUUUUACAGUCUUCAGACUUGUAUGAUCCUGAAGAGGUCCUUGACUUGAUUGAAGGAUCUGAGUUAUGGUUGGAAAAGGCUAUUCUGUACAGGAAACUAGGGCAGGAAACAUUGGUGCUCCAAAUUUUGGCCUUGAAGCUAGAAGACAGUGAAGCUGCUGAACAAUAUUGUGCUGAGAUUGGUAGACCAGAUGCCUAUAUGCAGUUGCUUGAUAUGUAUUUGGAUCCCCAAGAUGGUAAGGAGCCUAUGUUUAAGGCUGCAGUUCGCCUUCUCCACAAUCAUGGUGAAUCACUGGACCCCCUGCAGGUUUUAGAGACAUUAUCUCCAGAUAUGCCUCUCCAACUUGCUUCAGAUACUAUAUUAAGAAUGUUGAGAGCUCGGCUCCAUCAUCAUCGUCAAGGACAGAUUGUGCAUAACCUAUCCCGUGCUGUAGACGUUGAUGCAAGAUUAGCAAGAUUGGAAGAAAGAACAAGGCAUGUGCAGAUCAAUGAUGAGAGCUUAUGUGAUUCUUGUCAUGCUCGCCUUGGAACGAAGCUAUUUGCAAUGUAUCCAGAUGAUAGUAUUGUCUGUUACAAGUGUUUCCGUCGUCAAGGUGAAUCCACUUCUGUCACAGGUGUUGACUUCAAACGAGAUAUCUUAUUUAAACCAGGUUGGCUUGUGACCCGAUAACUAUGGAGGAAGAAGAACCAUUUUGGAAGUUAAGACCAAGCUACCAUGUGUUUGCUCUUUACAGCUCUACCUUCCUGCUCUGGAUCGGGAACCAUUUCAUCUUCAUCUUGACAAGGAAUUGCUCAGAGUGACUUAACUUAUUUUUAAAGAGAGAUGUCAAACCAGGAAAUUUGAUUUUCAACAAGGUUCUACUGUGCUCCUAUCGUCAGGUACAAGCUUGGUUGAGUAUUUAACAAAAGAAUCCAUGUAUAGAGCAUGCCAUCUUGAUGGUUCCACUAUUAUUUCUUUUCAGUUAUGAAUUUGUAAAGGAUCCAAUUGUUUUGCUGACACACAUGCUUGAUUGAAACAGCCGGUUUGUUGUAUAAACAUCUAUAGGAAACUAACUAUCUGGCCACAAUGGGCCUCUUUUGUUCAAGUAAAUUAUGUUUUGAAAAAAGGAGGGGAAAAAAUGGAGUUUAAGGUUC